CGAUCCGUAGAUCACUUGACUGUCAGGUGACCUAGGCGGAAGUUUUGUGGCAACAUUUUACGGAGUACUAACAAACAACACUUUAUUUAUAAAAUAGACCUUUGUGAGCAUUUUGGAACAUUUAAUCAUGGAGUCGACUCUGGAGCAGCACCUAGACGAUACCAUGAAGAACCCAGCAGUUGUCGGUGUGCUCUGCACGGAUCAGCAAGGACACAAUUUGGGCUGCCGUGGCUCCCUGACUGAUGAACAUGCGGGUGUUGUCUCAGUUCUGGCCAAACAAGCUGCAGUUCUAACCAAAGACCCAACGGACACUGCAACUGUGUGUUUGGAGUCUGAAUUAGGAAACAUUCUGGUGAGGAGUCAUGGUACCAUCACAAUAGCAGUUCACAAGAUAGCCUCCUGAGGACGCCACUCAAACAACAUUGGUUUGUUACCUAAUGUUCUAACAGGCAGAAACACUGAAUACACAGUCAUGUGCUAGACACUUUUUAUUGGCCACUGUAUUAGUCCAUCUGUCUUAAUAAUGUUGUGUAUGAAACAGUCAGUUCAAUAAUAUAUACAUUAAAAUGUACUCUUUUAGUGUAUGUGUCCUCUUUUCUCUUUGUGUACAGCCAAAUCCGAGCUACAACUCUUGACAAAACUUCAACAUGACUGUGUUGACCUGUUAGAAAAGUAUUGUUUCACAAUGUUAUCUUUUCUUCAUUUUUCUCAUCUGAAUAAAUCAUUUGAGACA